CAAGGGGUUCGCUCAGCCAGUCGGGGCGGAGGUCCCGGUAUAAAAGUGGGAGUCCAACACCUGGUACACUCGGGCAACCCCUACACUCGGUGGACAGGAUCUGAUCCCGGGAUCUGUUAUCUCCUUUCUUUUCUCCCAAGCAGUCGGAGCAGGAAUCGCAGCCAUGGCAGCCAAGAACUGUCACAAUGACUACAAGAUGAAGUUCUCUGUAGAUGAUGAGUUCCCUGACCUGUCCCUGCACAACAACCACAUGGCUAAGGUGCUGAACAAGGACAUCUACAACAAGCUGAGAGGCAAGUCCACCCCCAGCGGUUUCACCCUGGAUGACGUCAUCCAGACCGGCGUGGACAACCCCGGCCACCCCUUCAUCAUGACUGUCGGCUGCGUCGCUGGUGAUGAGGAGUCCUAUGAGUACUUCAAGGAGCUGCUGGACCCCGUCAUCUCUGACCGUCAUGGUGGCUACAAGCCCACCGACAAGCACAAGACCGACCUGAACUUCGAGAACCUGAAGGGCGGAGAUGACCUGGACCCCAACUACGUGCUGUCCAGCCGUGUGCGUACCGGCCGCAGCAUCAAGGGAUUCACCCUGCCCCCCCACAACAGCCGUGGCGAGCGUAGAGCCAUCCAGAAGCUGUCCAUUGAGGCCCUGGCCAGCCUGGAGGGCGAGUUCAAGGGCAAGUACUACCCCCUGGACGGCAUGACCGAUGCCGAGCAGGAGCAGCUGAUCGCUGAUCACUUCCUGUUUGACAAGCCUGUGUCCCCCCUGCUGACCUGUGCUGGUAUGGCCCGGGACUGGCCUGACGCCAGAGGCAUCUGGCACAACGACAACAAGACCUUCCUGGUGUGGGUGAAUGAGGAGGAUCACCUGCGUGUCAUCUCCAUGCAGAAGGGAGGCAACAUGAAGGAGGUCUUCAGGCGCUUCUGCGUGGGCCUGCAGAAGAUUGAGGAGAUCUUCAAGAAGCACAACCACGGCUUCAUGUGGAACGAGCAUCUGGGCUACAUCCUCACCUGCCCCUCCAACUUGGGCACCGGCCUGCGCGGUGGAGUGCACGUCAAGCUGCCCAAGCUCAGCACGCAUGCCAAGUUCGAGGAGAUCCUGACCAGACUGCGCCUGCAGAAGCGUGGCACAGGUGGCGUGGACACAGCCUCCGUGGGUGGCGUGUUCGACAUCUCCAACGCCGACCGUCUGGGCUCAUCUGAGGUGGAGCAGGUCCAGAUGGUGGUGGACGGCGUCAAGCUGAUGGUGGAGAUGGAGAAGAAGCUGGAGAAGGGAGAGUCCAUCGAUGACAUGAUCCCUGCCCAGAAGUAAAGUGGACGGACGACAGUGACUAUUUGUUGUUGUUUUUUUUAUAUCACAAAAACAAAAAUGAACGGGUAGCCUUGUUGUUAAAGUCUUUGAUGGACUUUGUGUAACAGAUCUUCCUUUUCUCCAACUCCUUUGUACCAUCCUGGGAUCAAUCCAUCCGUUAUCUCAUGUACGCAACGUGAGGAAUUAUUUUUCUGGUUGUAAAUUAGAACUGGACAAAUAAACAAUGCCCCAUUUAACAAA